GCCUAGGGUCCAGGGAUGGGGGGCCCGGUGAGGCAGGCACAGCCCCCGCCCCGUGGCCACCCGUUGGAUCCAGAUGCUCCAGACGUGGAGGGAGCGCCGAGAGGAGCCCGGCACCGCCCUGCUGGCCCUGCUCAUGCUGGGCCUGGGCCUCCUGCUGGCCCUGGUCAGCCUGGGGAGCUGGGCAUCGCUGUUUGCCCAGGAGCCUUCCCAGAGGGACCUGGUGGCAGAGGAAGACCCGGACCCAAUGGACCUGAACCCCCAGCCCGAGGAAAGCCAGGAUGCUGUUCCUUUCCCGAAACUGGUUUGCUUUGCAGAAAUGCAUCUAAAGGCCAGAAACCACGGGCGCGCAGAGCAGUUGCAGCCCACUAUGAAGUUCGCCCACGACCAGGACAAGAUGGAGCACAGGCAGGUGUGGACGGGACGGUGAGUGGCUGGGAGGAGGCCAAAAUCAACAGCUCCAACCCCCUGCGCUAUGACUGCCAGACCGGGCAAUUUAUGGUCACCCGGGCUGGGCUGUACUACCUGUACUGUCAGGUGCACUUUGAUGAGGGGAAGGCUGUCUACCUGAAGCUGGACUUGCUGGUGGAUGACACGCUGGCCCUGCGCUGCCUGGAGGAAUUCUCGGCCACUGCGGCCAGUUCCCCUGGGCCCCAGCUCCGUCUCUGCCAAGUGUCAGGGCUCUUGCGCCUGCGGCGAGGGUCUUCCCUGCGGAUCCGCACCCUCCCCCAGACCCAACUCAAGGCUGCCCCCUUCCUCACCUACUUUGGACUCUUCCAAGUUCACUGAAGGGCCCUGGUUUCCAGGUGGCUUGUCCCCAUGGCCGCUCUCUGAGCACCCCUGUCCCCUCUGCCCAACCCUGAGCUGCUCCUCCCCCAGACCUGCCUCUCUCCCCGGAAGGCUGCCAGGGCUCACGUGAGGUCCAUGCCACACCAAUAUUCCCAGCUCUUCCCACCUCCAGCUCUCCACCUCACUAGCUCCCCAGCCCCAUUUAUCUCCUGACUC